GCGGGUCAGUCUCGAGCGUCCAGACGCCGAAAACGCGUCCGAUCAUGUAGCUCCCAGCGAAAUCAAAGUGAUUGUGAGUGAACAUGAGUGAUAACAUUCCACCAACGACUUUACCUCGCAAAAGGUCUCGUCGAAAGUACGACAAGACGAAGCUCCCCACACCCCCGCCCGACCCCACUGAGAAAGAAUCGGAAAGAGAUGACUUCUUGGCCUACCUUGACAGCCUCCAAAAAGCCAAUUUAUACUCCCGCUCCACGUCCACUUUCGCCCCCAUCAUGGUGACCGAAGACGCUUUCGACCACCUGGAGAAACUCUACAAGCUCAUGGAGCAAAUGCUGGAACUCCGUGAGCAAAACGCGCGUCUCCACCGCCGUAUCCGCGACCUAGAGCACCUGAACAACUUGGAGAAGAUGCGCAAGGAGUUGGACGUCCGCGACGACUGCCCCGAGUUGGACAAAGACACCGCUUUCGCCGAAACCAUCCUAGAGUCGAUCCUCUCGGAGACGAAGAGUCCCAAGCAGAAGAUUUCCGCCCCUUCGAGACUAAGACAGUCGAUUUCGAGGAAAGGGAGGAACAGGAGCGGCUCGGUGACGGUGACGGGUCUGGAGCCGGAAGUGAGGAGUGAUAGGAGGGCAUCGACGUGUGUGGACAGUAGGGCAAAGCCGGCGAAAGUGUCGAAAUGGACGAAAGUGAAGGCGGCGUUUAAGUGGGAGAAAGCCGCCCCCAAUGUGAGUGAUGCCAAGUCGCAGGAUAGUGGGAUUGGGGGGAUGGCGCCGGUGGAGGUGGCGAGGUAUCUGAGGGUGCCGUCGUGUGAUGACCAUGGACAUAGUCCGGUGGACUCGGGUGCGGCGGAAGUGAGCACGCCGGCGAGUCUCUCCACGGCUUCCUCCACGGAGGAUUUCCAUAGACAUGAUCAGCGAAGUCCAUGCGAAGAUUUUCGAAGUUCAGAUGAUGAACAUUCACAUAAUUACAUUCCACAUUCCAAGGAAGGAUCCCAAAAAUCACACAAAUGCCACAAAACACCAUGGGCAAAAAUGAAAGAUAUUAUACAGACGAGGAACAGUUUUAAAAAGAAGCACAGGUUGAGUGCACACAGCGAUGACAUACAAAUUGACGUUGAGUUAUGUAGCGACAAUGAAGAUAAUGUUUUUGAAGAUGAAGAUAAAAAGUCGCCCAAAAUCUACAAAAGGUUGGUCUCGAAUGACCUUCCACCCGAAAUUGUGGCCAGAUACCAACAAGCAAUUGCCGAAGAUUCUGACUCGAAGAAAGUUUCCAAGUGGACUAGAGUGAAGAAAGCCUUCUUGCCACCACAUGACAAUCCCCAAAACUCAAAGGAAGACACAGUUGAAGACGAAAUUCAAAGAAAUUACAAGCAAUUACAGAAGAAACUUAGCCUCGAAUUUCAAGAAAAACUCACAGAGUGGGAAAGAAUGAAGCAAAGCUCACCCGGAAUAACCAACCCUUCUUCAUCUUGUGGUUACGUUGAUGAACCCAAAGAUUCGGCUUUUAUGAAGAAAAUGGAAGAAUGGCAAAAAAUCAAGUCCCAACCGUCUGUCAAAAGAAGCAUUCAAAUGACCAGUGAAGAGAAUCUUCCUCCUGAGUUUCGCAAAAAGUUGCAGGAGUGGGAAAAAAUCCGGAAACUUUCGGGAAAAGAAAGCCCAAAAAAGAAACUAUCAGAAGUACCAAGAUGGAAGUCACUCAGUGCCCCUAAAAGCGAAACUUCCCCCACUAUUGAGUAUCCACCCUUGUCGGAAGAUUUCAGGAAGAAACUAGAAGAGUGGAAACAAAUCAAAUCGGGGGCCACGACCGAAUUCAAGUCAAGUCCGAAAUUAAACCGGAAGGAAUCCUCACCCAAACACAGCAAAAAACACAAAGAACCCCACGAUAAAGAAUUGCAAUGGUUUGAAAAAGAGUUGGGAAAAAUCGAAAAAGAGAAACAACGAUUGGAACGCGAAAGACAGAAGUUUUUAGAACGGGAAGAAAGUUUGUCAAAACUGCGAAGCUCGGUUCUUGGAGGUUUGAAAAAGGAAGUUUUGAUUCAUACCCCUUCUGGGUUUUACCGAUUUGAGGGAAUUUCCCGGAAAUUUACCCAAAAAUUGUACGAAUGGGAGAAAGCACAAGGCAUUGGACCCGAAUCUUCAACUUUUGCUCUUUUAAACUCUUCACUGAAUCGGAAAACAAGCCCUAAACACAAAACUCCAGACAGGACUCCUCCUCUAGUCCGGUCAAAAUCCGCCGAUAGUAUCGCAAUCACUUGCCCUUUGAUGAGUCACCAACCGUCAAGUCUGUCAUUAAACGAUGUGGAGGAAUUGGAGAAAGAAGUUCUCGCUGAGUCCAAAUCUUCAUCUAUUCAGUUUAUCGAAGAUGAACCGGAAGCUCUGAUUGUCGAAGUUGAAGAUAUAGUUGAAGAAACAGCGGCACCUUUGCCGACGUACUCCCAAAGAAUCCAACAACCGGUCUAUCAGAGAGAAGAAUUGAAGACCAUGUGUGAGGGUGAAACUUGUGCCGCCCCUAAAGUACGCCGUAGCGAGUCAGCAAAGGCCCAAAACAAUUACAAUUUGAUUGAAGAAAUUUUCAGUAUUUUGAAGAAUCUCAUUGAGAACGAGUUGGAAAUACAGAGAACUCAGGAAGUAAUGAGUGAGCAAGCUAUGAAAGUUAAUUCUGAUUUGAUUCGCCUGAAGAUGUUUGAUGAAUCACAAAAAGCCAUGUCAAAUCGACUCAAUGACAAGAUCCUGCAUUUGCAAGAAGCAAAUUCGAGUGUCUUUGCUGGUAUUACAAGUGAUGAGUCAGAAAUGAAACAAGUUGUUGACACUUUGGAAACCGUCCAAGACUUAUCAUCGGAAAUUAAUCAAUUGACCGAACGACUCGAUAUUGAGUUAAACAACAGAAAUGUUUAUGAAGCGUUCCGAGAUUGUGGUGCUAGGUCUUUAAACCCAAUCAUAGAAACUGCUAAAGAUAUAAACAGUAAAAUGUUGGAACUGAGAAGACGUCUCAGUUACAUUUGUGCUGCUUCAGAUUUAACAGCCCCAAGACGUAAAUUCUCAAACGGGAAGAAGAAAACAGUGAAGAAAACAACGUCCAUUGAGUCGAAUGCAGGAAGUGAGGGUCGACUGUAUGUAAAAUCAGACACUUGUAAUACUCAGAGUCAAGGUGCUAUCAAAAAAAGGAUACGUUACAGGCAAAAAAGUCAACAAAAUCGAAAUUUUACAGACACCGACGAUGAAGAAGAAGAAAUGCAAAAGAACACUCAUAAAAAAUUAACCCGGACUAGAUCUGUUUCUGAAAGUAGUACAACAAUGAAUAAAGAGCAAAGUGACGAAAAAGACGCUGUUGUGGUAGAUGAAAGCAUAAUUCAGAAAGUUGUAGUUCCGACCCAAACCAACUUCUUAAAUAUUUCAUCUUUAAACGAAGAAACAAAACCCUCAGAUUCCCCAGUAACAGUUUUUGUGAAAACAACUCGGAAAUUAUUCACUCCUUUGGUGGAAAGUGGACUUAGCCGAGAAUUUGAUGAAGCACCACCGGAAGCGAAAAACCAAGAUAUUUCAAGGGAACGUAGUUUGACACAGCUACCACCUCUGCCAACGUCAGUGUCUCCAGCUCCUCAGAGGAAACUCCUCAAAGACAUUUCUCCAAGUAUCAAAAUCAUGAUGGAUAAGUACAACCAAAAAAUUUCCGAAUCACCAAGUACCAAAUCGGGGAAGAGUAGUGGUUCUGCGUCCCCUGUUGCUUGGCGUUCGCCGAUAGCCGAACGCCGAGUCAAGGCUCAAACAGAACGGUACCAAGAAGAAUUAAAGAAAGCUUCACCAGUGCAAAAAUCUGCCAGUGCUAGUUUUCUUCACAGGCAAGUAACCAUGCCAAAAAGUGCGUCUUCUUGCAUUUCCAAGUCUUCAAGUGUUGCAACGUUUGCUAGAAAUGAAGAAGUUGAUGCGAAGAGACUCUCGACUGAAUUAAGGUUGCAGAAAUUGCAGAAAGCCAAAGAGGAGUUUCUGAAUGCUGGUCCAGCUUCUACUCCUUCACAAUCAGAAGAACCGAUCAAAUUUCCGACGAGAAAUCGGCUCAGUCAGAUUAGUGUAGACAGCGAGUCGAGUUAUGAGUCGGCUUGUGGGGCUUUAAUUAAAUCAGCAAGUGCUGGAAUGAUCAAUGUUGAUGCUCUUGUUUACAAACAAAUUGAUCCUGAAAUUCACGGGGGCGGUUAUGUGUCACUUCCCAGAAACACCAACAAACAGAAGGGUCUCCUUGGAGGGAAAUUUGGAUUUUCAAAUAUUGCCUCAAAGUUUAGGAAAGUGAAAAUGAGGAGAGGGAAGGAUGCGGGAAAAAUGAACACAGUUUCGACUUUAUGUCGCCAAAGCUUGGUUGUUGAUAUUCAACCGCAAUUAGCUGAACAAAAAAAUGAAGAAGAGACUUCUCAAGAAACGUCUCCAGGUUCCUCACGGAACAACAGUUGGAUAAAAAAAACGAAAUUGUUUAAAAAAUGAUUUUGUAUUUGUACUAACUGAAGCAUUUAUUAUUAACAAUUGUGGAAAAAAUAAAAAGUUGAAACUUU